AUGGAGCCUAUUGCCUGUCGAGCGUGCUUCGCGCCGCUGCAGCCAGACGACCCGCACACCCUGUGCCCCUCCUGCCUCGGGGUCUCUCACCUCCGUGAAGCUCUGUCUGACCCUUGCGUGCAUUGUGCGACAAUUCCCUUCGCCUCACGCCAACACCGGCUUGCGUCCGUCCUUAUUAACGACGACGCCAUGCUCUCCUCCUCGGGUUCCUCGAUGGUGAAAACAGGAACUAAGCGCUCUUCUUCGCGACCUGCGGACGAGCCAGCACCAAAAAGGAAGGCAGGUGCUCUACGUUCACGCCUGGACCGCUUGGAAGCUCUCGUUACUCAGCUUCAGAGUCACCAGCUGCCCGCUGCCCUCCAGCUCGGCGCUGAGACCGCCGACUCCGAGCCCGUGGAGGAUGAUGAUGAUUUACUCUCCACUGCAGCCACGGAUAGCCUCUUUACUUCAGGCAAUGCUGCUGACUACACUGGACGGGCUGUUUCCCUCCCACGAUCGCCCCUCUCUGCAGCGGGCUCUCCUCUCGGCUCCGGCUCGGUUGUGGAUGAUGGAAGUGCGUUGGAGGACACUUCUCCCCUCCCAACUAUGGUUCGCGCUACUCUGGCUCGGCUUGGCUCCGCUCCAGCACAGCCUAAUCCCAGCUCCAGUGCUUACUUUAAGCUAACCGCGGCGGAUAGCCCCGCUCUCAUUCCUCCUUGCAGCGCAUUUGUGGGAGAGCUCCAGUCAGCCUUUUUGGCUGCAGCUUCGCGAUCUCGACCUUCUUCCCUGGCUCGGUCGUUUUGGAACAUGUCCGACGCGGCUCAGUACGGACUGGAUCGUAUCCCUCCAGUGGAGCCUUCGGUCGCCUCCCUGGUUGUUUCUCCUGACGAAGCGCUGCGUUCUGAUGUCCGAUGCCCAAGCAAGGCAUGCAGACGCACUGAUGAAGGUAUCGCUAAAGCAUACAAUCACGCAGCGCGCAUUGGCCGGCUGGAUAAUACUGUUUCUCAUCUCCUUUUGGAAAUGGAGUCUUCACCUCAGCUGGUAGAUAUGCCUUCUGCCUUUAGAGGUGCUCUGCAGACUGUUCUACAUGGAAUGGGAUUCCUGACACAGGAGUUAGGCAGUCUUAUGGCUAGCCUUGUGAGAUUACGCCGUCAUUUGUGGCUUUCUCAAGCGCCGUUGUCUGAUGCGUGCAGAACCGCGCUCCGGGAUCUCCCGUUAAUGCCCGGCCAGUUAUUCGGACCGGCGGCCACAGAGGCUUUGGAGCGCCGAGCUCGUAUGACCGAGACGCGACAGCAGCAGCCGAAAUCACAUCGCUCUGAGCGUGUGUUUACACGCCCGCGUUCAGUUCUUCCACAGGCUCGCUCUGAUCAGAUCAGGCGGGCAGUGGGUGUUUUCACGGACUCUCAGCUGGCUGCGUGGUCCGUAGCUUCCACGGAUCGCUGGGUUCUUUCGACCCUGAGUUACGGGUAUCGGCUCCAGUUCAGGAGUCGACCCCCGCGAGUCGCACGUUUGAUUCAGACACGUGUAAAAAGUUCAGUUCAUGUAAACACUCUUCAGGAGGAAAUAUGUGCUCUUAUUGCAAAACGUGCCAUAGAGGAGGUGAAAUGUCCCGUGUUUUUUCAGGGACACUGCUCCAAAUAUUUUCUAGUGCCGAAAAAAGACGGCAGCUUCCGCCCGAUUCUGGAUUUGAGGGGGAUGAACCGACACCUCAAACGAUUCACUUUCAAAAUGAUUCGUCCCGUGGAUGUGCUCCAGGUGAUUCAGCCAAACGAGUGGUUCACCACUCUGGAUUUAAAGGACGCAUAUUUCCACAUUCCCAUAGCAGCUGUACACAGGCGUUUUCUCCGCUUUGCCUUUCAGAACCGAACUUAUCAGUACCGGGUUCUUCCGUUCGGGCUUUCGCUAGCUCCGAGGGUCUUUACCAGAUGCAUGGCGGCGGCGUUAUCUCCGCUGACUCGCGCUGGAAUGAAGAUCUUGCCGUACCUGGACGACUGGCUGAUCUGUUCACUCUCGCGGGAGCAAGCGAUGGCAGAUCUCAAAGUGUUGCGAUCUCACGUAGCAGGGCUGGGGCUUUCCAUCAACCUGGAGAAAAGCUCCCUCUGCCCGAGUCAGUCUGUUCAGUUCAUAGGCAUGAACUUAGACUCGCGAGCAAUGAGAGCAUCUCUGACGACACAGCGUGUGGUGAGUAUUCUGAGAUUACUCUCCAGAGUUCACGUGGGCCGCUGCGUCCGCUACAGUCACCUGUUACGUCUGCUGGGAAUGUUCACAGCGGCUGUGUGCAUUUUGCCGCUCGGUUUGCUGGAACUGCGACCGUUUCAGAUCUGGAUGAAUCAUUUGGGGCUCGAUCCGAUCCGUCACAAACACAGGCUGGUGCUGAUCGAUCGGGGGUGCGAGGAGGCUCUCGCCCCGUGGAGGCGCCGCUCUUUUCUCAUGGCGGGGGUACCGCUGGGGGUCGUGGCAUCACGUCGGGAGAUAAUCACCACCGACGCAUCUCUCACGGGUUGGGGUGCUGUAUGGCAACGCAGCGCUGUGCAGGGUUCUUGGAGUUUUCACCGAGCCCAGGACCACAUAAACCUCCUCGAGCUGAGAGCGGUUUAUUUGGCACUCCAGCAUUUCCUGCCACAACUCCAGGGUCGUCAUGUUCUUGUUCGUUCAGACAAUAUGACAGUUGUUUACAACAUAAACCACCAAGGUUGUACUCGUUCCCUGCCUGCUCUGCGUCUGGCACGCAGCAUCCUCACCUGGGCAAAUCACAGGCUGGCAUCGCUGCGGGCGAUUCAUCUUGCUGGGACCCUCAAUCUGACUGCGGAUUUUCUCUCAAGGCAGAGGUUGGACCCGGGCGAGUGGUGCUUACACCCGGAUGUGGUGCGUCAAAUAUGGGAUCGUUAUGCCAUGGCUGCGGUCGAUCUUUUUGCGAGUGCGACCACCACACAUUGCCAGCGAUGGUUCUCUCGCAUGGACGAAGAGAGAGCGAUGGGGACAGACGCGUUGGCACACGAAUGGCCACGCUGCCUUUUAUAUGCCUUUCCCCCAAUUCCGCUUCUUUUGAGCGUCCUGCUCCGAAUUCAACAGUGCAGACACAGUGUCCUGCUGGUAGCUCCACAGUGGCCUGCCAGACCCUGGUUUCCUCUGCUUCACUGCCUACUCAGCAGCGAGCCCUGGCCACUUCCUGUGAGGAGGGACCUUCUCUCACAGAUGGGGGGGCGACUGUGGCACCCGUGUCCGGAACGCCUCCAGCUCUGGGUGUGGCCUCUGGGCCCCCUGAUGUUUUAAUGGCUUGUUCUGCCUCUGUGAAAUACACUGUGGAGAAUGCCAGAGCUCAGUCUACCCGUCUCUUAUAUGGUAACCGUUGGAAGCUGUUUUCUGAUUGGUGCACUAAGUUCAGGGUUUCUCCUGUGCACUGUGAUAUUCCUGUAGUGCUGGAUUUCCUCCAGCAUCUGUUUGAUGCGGGUAGGGCACCUUCCACAUUGAAAGUUUAUGUCGCUGCCAUAUCGGCCCGUCAUGUGGACAUUAAUGGAUCAUCCUUAGGUUCUCACAAACUGAUCUGUGGCUUUCUUAAGGGUGCUAGGCGCCUAAGGCCUGUCAGGACCCCGC